AUGCGAAAUUUCUUUUCGGACCAAUGUGAAUUGCUCGAUAUUGUUGUUCAAUACAACCCAACUAUAAUCUCAUUAAAUGAAUUAGGUACUAAUGUCCCAGAUAAAAUUAUUAAACAACGUCUAUUCUCAUAUAAUAUCUUUAGCAACAAAGGUACUAACUCACAUGGUGGUGUUGUAUUAACUGUUGAUAAAAAGUUAAAUACUAUACAAUUAAAACUUGAUCAAUUGAAUAUUGUUGCUGUUCAAAUUAUCCUCAAAAAUCAAAUCUAUGCAAUUGUGUCGAUCUAUUCUCCACCAAAUGAAACUUUAUCCUUACAAAUCAUGUCAUCAUUAACCAAUACUUUCAGAAAUAUCAUCAUUGUUGGUGAUCUGAAUGCAAAACACCCAAACUGCGACUGUACCACAAUUAAUCAUAACGGAAAAAUUCAUGCUGAAUGGCUCGAUAAGAAUGAUAUGUAUGCAAUUCAAAAUCCAGGUGUGAAAACCUCCUUACGAUCUGAUACUACAAUUGACCUACUUAUUAUUACACCGACCAUAUCUCUAUCUCAAUGUAUAACACUUUCAUAUACUGGUAGCAAUCAUCUUCCAAUAUACAUCGAAUUAAAUAGUAUUAUUUUACAGGCAAGCUUUUACGCUAUUUCAACAAGUAACGUUCAUCGAAUUCCGAUUCACUUGUUCCUAGACUAA